AUGGGGACAGGUGUACCGUUCCGGCCAGGAACAUUUGAUGGAGCCAUCAGUAUAUCGGCAAUCCAGUGGCUGUGUCAUGCUAACGCUGGCGACCAGAAUCCGAAGCGACGCCUACAUCGAUUUUUUCAAACUCUCUACGGUUGCUUAGGUCGAGGGACGAGAGCAGUGUUCCAAUUCUAUCCGGAAAAUGAGCAACAGUCUGCUUUGAUAAUGUCUCAAGCCACUAAAGCAGGCUUCAAUGGAGGGCUUGUGAUAGACUAUCCAAACAGUGUCAAAGCAAAGAAAGUGUAUCUCGUCCUAAUGACUGGAGGAAUCGCUCAGCUUCCGAAAGCUCUCACGGGUGAAGAAGAGAUGAUGCAGCAUCAUGGCCAGAUUAAAAAUACUGGCAGAGGGUUCACGAUGCCUCACAAAGGUGAGAAAAAACCUCAGAAAGGAACUAAAGAAUGGAUCCAGAAAAAAAGGGAACGAAUGCUUAAACAAGGAAGGUUAAUGACCCCUAUAUCCCAUGACGAGUCAGCGCGCGCAGAGAAUAUUCGCAAUUGCGUCACUACCUGGCGCCACGUGUCUGCGUGCAUGACUUGA